CUCGUUAGCGGAAACAGGUUGUUAGCUCCAGGAAAUCAUAUGGUUGGAAAAAAAGCCUUUCUUCCAGAAGCAGAACCCGCCCUGCAUGUAGUCACACAUACCCCGGACCAGUAAUAAAUUGUAGCCAAUGGGCCGUCGGAUUAUAACACUGAGUCUGCGUCGAUAGCGGGCCCGGUUGCUGAGGCGCCGGGCUGGGCCGGAACCAGAACCAGGCCCGGGCUGAGAGAAGGACGCGGCCACCGCUGCGGCGAAACCGGCGGGCUGCUGCGGGGACUGGCAUGCGGUCUGGGGGUGGAAGUGUAAUGCGUACUACCGUGACCUGCCGUCAGUAGAGAGACAGCAAGCGCGUGCGGUGAAUCACAUCGAUCUAACGGCUGGAAGCGUGAGGAUGGCACAGCGGGAAUUCAGCCAGGCGCGAGCUAGCUUUAACGCUAGCUAACGCCGGAGUUGGCUGCCGGACAUCAACUUUUAUUCCCCAACUAGCUGGAAAACGUAGAAAAAAGUAUGAGCGGUUGAGCUGGGUUUAUGUGAAUGAGGGGGGUUAUUGUGUAUCGCCUAACUUUUGCCGCUUCGCUCGUUAGCUCUCUUAAAGGCCUGAUAAAUGUUUGAGGAGCGAGUAUAGCAGUCGUUAGCUGCUAAGUUAGCCCGCCUUGACCGCCCCAAUGAAAGAAUACAAAGUUGUCGUGCUGGGUAGCGGCGGCGUCGGGAAGUCCGCGCUCACCGUUCAGUUUGUCACCGGCACCUUCAUCGAGAAAUAUGACCCGACCAUCGAGGACUUCUACCGGAAGGAGAUCGAGGUGGACUCGUCGCCCUCCGUGCUGGAGAUCCUGGACACGGCGGGGACGGAGCAGUUCGCCUCCAUGAGAGACCUGUACAUCAAGAACGGACAGGGCUUCAUCCUGGUCUACAGCCUGGUCAACCAGCAGUCUUUCCAGGACAUCAGACCGAUGCGAGACCAAAUAGUGCGAGUGAAGCGCUUCGAGAAGGUGCCGCUGAUUCUGGUUGGAAACAAAGUUGACCUGGAGUCUGAGCGUGAGGUGGCCGGAUCAGAUGGACGAGCUCUGGCUCAAGAGUGGGGCUGCCCCUUUAUUGAAACUUCCGCCAAGAGCAAGACGAUGGUGGACGAGCUGUUCGCAGAGAUCGUCCGUCAGAUGAAUUACUCCUCGCUGCCGGAGAAGCAGGAACAGUGCUGCACAGCCUGCGUGGUACAGUGAGGAAAAGACUCAUUAUUUGUCUGGAUCCACCUCAAGUGUUUCGAUGAACCUGGGCACAACCUGACUUCAACCCUGCUGAUUUAAAAAACUUGCCACAGUUAGUAGAGUUUUCACUCGAGGUGGUUUCUAACUUCCUGCCACAGAGCAAGACGUCGGGCCUAUUUUUGAUAUCAUAACUGUUGGAAGAUGUUUCUGCUGCAACCUCAACGGCCUUCGCGAUGACCUGGGAGGGAGUCAGACUGACUGACUUGUACGAACGGCCAUCUGUGAAUUUGUCUUUCUUUUUCUUUUCUUUUUUUUUUUUUUCCUGAAAUAAUCCUGAAAGGUGUGUUUGUGAGGUUGCAGCAUCUUUUUAAAGCUGCUUAAAUCAUUAUUAUAUACUUCAUAUUACUUGUAUUAUGUCUCAAGUUUGGAAUUUGACAAAUUACUUCAUAUUAUUGGAACAUUUUCACUUUUAAGCAUGCUUACUUCAGCCAGUUUCCCACCCUGGUGUACUGUGCUCAUCCUAGUUUGAAAAUCUUGUUCUGUAUAACUUACACAAACUAAAGUACCGUGAGGUUUUUUUUUUUCUUUUCUUUCUUUUUUUAGCUAAGCAGGGUGAAUAACUGUGGAUUAAACCAGUAAUGUUUAUUUUUAAUAUCUCAGUAGUGUGAGGCAGUGAAACUCAUCUGAAAGCACGCACGCUCAAAAGUGAAAAUGUUUUUUUACUGCUAACUCAACUUGAAGUGUUGUGGAUGAGCCAUUUUGCCAUCUUCAGUCUCUACAAGGCGUGACUCGCGUGGACGCCGGUCUUCCGUUUUCAGCUUUCUCUAGGGUGAUUUUGGAAUGGCUGCAGGAAGUUCAGCGUGUAUAUUUGUGUUUGACUCCAUGAAGUGCGUUGCUUUAAAUAUUCAAAGAUGCCGAUUCCCCGUCAUUAAAAAUAACUCUGAAAUGUGGUUUGAUGAAAAGUUCUGACACAAUCAGAUUUUACUUUCUAUUCUUCUUUUUCUUAUAGUAACCUAUUUAUUAAAAACUAAUGACAUGGGCUAGCCAGUUUUAAACUUUUGAUUUUAUACUAGAUUUUGCUUUCUGUGCAUUUUCGGGAUAAACAUGCAAUGUUGCAUUUAUUUUGAAGCUAAAAAUUUAACAGAGCCUUAAGAUUUCUGUUGCACCCUGUUUGGCCUCAUGUUUUUGUUUUUUUGUUUUUUUUUCCCUGGAAGAUAAACAGCUGUCAUCGUUUGGUAAUAAACAUGCUGGACUCUC